UACAUUAGCUGCACCCAAACCCGGAUCUGCACGUGAGUCAUGAUCAUUAUGUUUGUGACUGUUUGAAUGUGCUACAGCUACCUCAAAUUGAAUUCAAGAUGGCGGUUUCAACUGAUAUCUUUGUUGCAGCAGUAACGAUGUACAUAUUGUCAGUCGUGCCUCCAGCAUCGUGCACGUCAGUUUCUCCAUCGAUACCGUCUAUGACCGUCAAUAACCAAACUACUCCAUGUAAACUGUACAGCGUAACAAUGUUUGAUUGCAGUGCUCGCAAUUUGUCGGCCACACCCAUCGAUAUCCCUAUAACGCUGACCCAUCUCGACAUCUCCAUCAAUCGGAUAUCAAACUUGACCGGUUUCAACUUCUUGUCAAGCCUGAAAACUUUAAACUGUUCAAUCAACAUUAUUCAAACAGUUAUCGGUAGCGCCUUUCAAGGUUUGGUAUCCCUGCAGAUACUUGAUUUGUCUCAAAACAGUAUCAGCUUUUUUGCCGACGGCGCCUUCAUGUGGCUUAAGAACUUGGUGCGACUUGAUCUAUCUUCCAAUAACAUUGUAUCCAUACCGACAGCUACAUUCGAGGGUUUGGGUGAAAUCCUCGAGCUCUCCCUGUGGCUGAAUGAUCUAACAGAGGUACCCUCAGACGCACUUGCCAACCUGAGAAAGAUUGAGACAUUGGAUUUGUCGUUCAAUCAAGUCAAGCAAUUCGAACUUGGGUUGGGAUUCCAAUCUUUGAGAAAUCUCAAGCGACUUUUACUGUUCGGAAUGAACAUUGAAUUCCUGGCCAACUCAACUCUGUCUGCAUUGAGCUCGCUGCCUCUUGAGUACAUUGACUUUUCGUUAAACGAUCUCGUUUAUAUAGAUACCGGUGCUUUCUACCCAGUGCCAAAUAUUAAAGGACUGAGCUUACGAGAAACUUCUUAUCAGAUUAUUGAUGUGUUGCCUUCUGGACUAUUUGAAUUGGAUCUAUCUAGAGUAGACAGUGUUGUUUCCAAUGGAGUUUUAACCGUACGGAUUGCUGAAAGUCUAUCGAGACAUCUUCCAAAAGUAACAUCAAUCUCUUUCGCAGAGAACAAAAUAAGAUGGAUUGAAGACUCCGCACUUGGUAAGUUGGCAACUCUUGAAAAACUUGACCUCAGUCUUAACCAGUUGAAGGCCUCCGGAAUGACUAACGGGACAUUUUCAGGUCUGCACAAUUUGGAAGAACUUCACCUAUCUGAUAACCAUUUAAACGAAGUUCCGAGAGAUGCACUAACACCAUUCAACGUUACUGGCUUCUUACGGCGGCUUAAUUUGGCCGGUAACAGUUUGAUCAGGUUAAAUGCAGAUGAUUUUGCGUCUGUUCCCUUAUUGACAAGUCUGAAUCUUGAAAGAAAUGGCAUAUACAACUUAGAUAACUGCUUGGAUAAUCUUCAGAAUCUUAAGUUUUUGUACCUGGCUAACAAUCAGUUUUACAGACUACCACCAGCAGAGGGCUGGGUAGCUCCACUACGGAGUCUUCGACUUCUUGAUAUGUCCCAUAAUCCGGGAGGAGAGUACCUCACAAACACACUCAGUACUUUAGCUCCUGCACUUGAAGAAAUGUAUGUUAGUAAUAUUCGUGACGAUUUCGAACUCUCGAUUCUUCUCAACUGUACUUCACUCAUCACAUUAGAUGUGUCCCAUAAUGGACUCACAGACAAUGAUUUCUACACAAGAGGCUUGUAUGGCUGGAGUGCGUUGAACCUGCCUAAACUUAAGACUUUAAAUUUGGCGGGAAACGCAAUGCAAUCUCUGCGUGUGAAUGUUUUUCAACGAACUCCUCGGCUUCGAUGGAUAAACUGCAGUAGAAACUCCAUCGAGGAUGUUGACGGCAAGACGUUUGAGAACGUGACGGACAUUAUGUUCAUAGACCUCAGCGAGAAUCAGCUUACAAACCUCUCCGCUCUCAGUCCAUCACAUCUUCCUAACUUACACUCGGCGAUAUUCUCCGGAAACAAAAUAUCGUUCGUUGACGUAGAGUUACUUAAGGAAAGCAGGCUUCCAUCUCUUAGUUUCCUUGACUUGAGUCACAAUCCAUUCUCGUGUACAUGCGAUGUUCAGGACUUCAAUCAGUGGAUCAUUGAAGAUGUCAGAGUGUUCUUGCCGUCUCCAUUGGAGUACAAAUGCAAUUCUCCAAGCAACCUGCAAGGGUACUUAAUCACACAGCUAGUUUUUGAUCAGUGCGUUUCGCAUCUUGCUCUGUACCUUGGCGUGAGCUCGGCAGCAGCGCUCAUCUGUAUCUUCACUGUGACCAUCUUCUGCGUUCGGUAUCAUUGGCAUUUGCGCUAUAAAUGGUUCUUACUGUUUCCCAGACGUCGUCUCAUUAAAAGAGAAGUUCGGGAGGAGAGCAAUACGGAAGAAGGCAGAGUCAAUAAUAACCCUCCCAAGUUUGAUGCGUUUGUGUCGUAUAAUGACCACGAUCAAGAGUGGGUGGUGAAUCAAUUGAUACCACGUCUUGAGGAGGAUCCAAACGAGGGUGAGAGGUUUCGGUUGUGUGUGAGCGAGCGGGACAUUGAUGCCGGUGGCUCCAGAACGGAUGCCGUCGUUGGUGCCAUUCACGACAGUCGCAAGACUAUUCUUGUCCUCUCCGACCACUUUAUGGAGAGCGAGUGGUGCUACUACGAGAUGCAGAUGGCUCAUCAAAGACUCUUCAACGAGGGGCAGGAUGUACUUAUUCUCAUCCUUCUUAAAGAUGUUUCAGACAGCAAGAUGACGUUGCUGCUGCGGCAAACCCUGUGCAGGAAGACCUACUUCAAGUGGCCACAUGACAAUCUCGGCCAACAGUUAUUCUGGGACCGGCUUAAAGCAGAAUUGAAAAUGCGAUCGAUCGUUAAUCGUCGUGUGGAUACCCAAAGUUUAUCUGCUUAAAACUCUAUAGUUUCUUAUAUUAUGUAUAUGUCAUGCCGCAACCAAAAACUAAGUUUGCUCUGAUUUAGUGAAGAUAGCCCUUUUCACACGACAAAGUCACGAUGCAACCAUGAAUAUGCCCGUUUCAGAGUAGGAACAUUGUUAAAUAUCUGACAAAACAUCAAACUUGUGGGAGAUGUCUUGAUUUCCGUUCAAGAGUAAAAAAAACAAAAAACAAAAAACAAUAACAAUACUUGCCUCAUCAUUACUCUUUUGCAUGUUCCUGGUUGUUUAUAAACGAAUGAAUAAUCUAUUUAUUCUUGCGAUUAGUUUAACAGUUGUUACAUUAAAGGAACACGUUGCCUUGGGUCGGUCGAGUUGGUCUUU